AAAAAGAUGGAGACACAGGGAGAGAUGGAGUUUCAAAAGGACAGGGAAAGGUGGAGAGAGAGAUAGUGAGAGGCCAGAAGAAGGUGUCUGAGCCUGGGGAAAGGACACAAAGUGGUGGGAUCUUCAGAGAGGUCCCGAAGAGAGAGAAAAGAGUGAGAGACAGGCCCUCAGGGGGACGCAGAGACAGCAGAAGAGGAGGGCAGAAAGCCCGAGAUUAAUAGAGGAAAGAAUCAUCAGGGACAAAGAGACCCAGGGCUGGAGACACACAGCAUUCGCUAGUGAGCAGGAAGGGGGUUGGCAGUGUCCUCAGCCUGGGGGGGCUGUGUGGAGGUGGACUCGGAGACCGAGGCCGUGUACGGGAUGACCUUCAAAAUUCUGUGCAUCUCCUGCAAGCGCCGCAGCGAGACCAACGCCGAGACCUUCACAGAGUGGACCUUCCGCCAGAAGGGCACUGAGGAUUUUGUCAAGAUCCUGCGCUACGAGAACGAGGUGCUGCAGCUGGAGGAGGACGAGCGCUUUGAGGGCCGGGUGGUGUGGAACGGCAGCCGGGGCACCAAGGACCUGCAGGACCUGUCCAUCUUCAUCACCAAUGUCACCUACAACCACUCGGGCGACUACGAGUGCCACGUCUACCGCCUGCUCUUCUUCGAGAAUUAUGAGCACAACACCAGCGUCGUCAAGAAGAUCCACCUUGAGGUGGUGGACAAAGCCAACAGAGACAUGGCGUCCAUCGUGUCUGAGAUCAUGAUGUACGUGCUCAUCGUGGUGUUGACCAUAUGGCUCGUGGCAGAGAUGAUUUACUGCUACAAGAAGAUCGCUGCUGCCACGGAGGCUGCUGCACAAGAAAAUGCCUCGGAAUACCUGGCCAUCACCUCAGAAAGCAAGGAGAACUGUACGGGCGUCCAGGUGGCUGAAUAGCCCCGGCCCUGGGCUCCACCUCAAGGAAGAGCCAGCCCUAAUGGGGAACAUCCGGGCACAGCCUUCCCCACAAUGGGGGUUGGCCAUUCCUGGGCCUCCGCAAGCCUCAGAGACCUGCCAAUGGAGCCUCCAGGGUGGGAGGGGCAGGGGGCUUGGCUCACACCCCUAAUCCAGCCUCUUCCUCCUGCCCCAUCACCCACCCGCGCCAUGCAUGAUGGGUCAAGCAAUACUGCCGCUGCCCCCACCCCUGCUUCUGCUGCCUGUUUGGGAGGAGGGGGCGGUGAGGUGGGGGCAGCGGCUCCGCACCCCUCCUUCUUGCUGAUUUGCACACGUUGGCCGCUUCGGACACGCACUGCUGGGGGCCCAGCCCCUCCCCGCCCCCUCCCUGCCCAGCGGGGGUUGUGAUGGGCUGGAACAGUUUGGGGCAGGGGCUUCUGGGACCCACUCUGACCCCCAGCGACAUGUCCCUUCCUGCUUCCUCUGGCUGGACCUGGGGUCUCCUCUCCCUGUGAUGCACUCUUGCCCCAGCCCAACCCGCCCUCUCUCACCAGCCUUGGAUUGUGGCCACUUAGAAAGGGGCCCAUUCAGCCUCGUCUCUCUUUACACAAGUAGUUUUGUUCAUGAAAUAAAGAUUCUUGGACUUGA